UGACAGUUGGUACCGACCUGAUCCAGCUCCGCAGCUGGUAUACUUAAAGCAGACAGUCCGAGAGGGCCAGCUGCGUCUUUCUUGCCGAGAAGUAAUCGCCAAGCUGAGUGCUCUCGACUUGCCGUUUGGUGAUGUUUUAAGGAUUAGAAAACGUUUCCGAAUACAGAAUGUAGGUAAUGGUCCUCUAAAUGUCACAGCUGAGAUGGAAGCACCGUGGCGCUUUGUACUGGAGGACAGAAAAGAACCUGGUCUACCUUGUGGCACUGGCUGUGGUUGCUAUCACCGGGCAACGAGAAAACGACUUGAUCUCCUGCCUCUUCAUCUUGAACCUAGAAGCUCUUUAGAGAUGUGCGUGGAGGUGUGUUGUGAUGCUGCGGAGAUUUGGCCGACUACAGCUGGUGCCCCACCAUGCCAGUCGCCGUCGUAUCCCCCUCGACGGAGAACCGUCACGCCUCUUGUGUUCCAUGAUGGCGACAACUUGCUUGCUACUCAGCUUCUAGUACUCGACGUGGAGUUUCCAAUUCUCAAAGUGGAGCCGGUUAGUAUUGACUUCGGGUUUGUCACCGACGGCGAUACCAGGAAGACUUACUUCACUGUCGCACACACUUGCCGAGAUCAAAAACUAGACUUAACUAUCCAAUGGGUGGGUAGUAAAGGAUUUGAAGUGUGGCCACUACAGUGUACCGUCUCGCCCUCCGACUCUCAACGUAUUUACGUUCAAUAUACAGCUAAAUGGUCGGGAGGACUAGCGGAGGGUUGCGUGUCGGUGAGUGCGGCAGGCAGCAGCUGGUGCAGCGCCGCAGUGCCCGCCCGCGCCGCGCCCACACGAGACUUCAAGUGUCACCGUCCUCACCACGACUACACUGACGACGACCGUCUGUAACCACCCGGAUGCGUUCAC